UCAGAAUUCGAUUUGAAAUAAACAUUGGUUUAUUUUAUUGUUAUUAAUUCAAUCAACAAAAGUGUAGAGUAUAAUAUUAGUUCACUUAUUUUAAUUAAUAAGUUAUUCUAAUCAAUCAAUUAAAUCUGCUAGCAUCGAUACUAUACUUAGCAUGUAAAAUAUGCAGUAUCACGUGAACUUUUAGUUCUUAUAUUACAAUAAAAAUAUUGAAAAGUUAAAAACAUGAGUCGAUGUGAUUUUAAAAUCGUUCUUUUGGGAAGUGAACAUGUUGGAAAGACUAGUUUAGUGUUAAGAUUUGUUAAUUGUAGGUUUAAUUCUGGCACUCCAUACCAAAACACUAUUGGUGCAGCAUUCUGUGCCAAACAGAUGCAGUCUAAUGAUAAAUAUUUCAAUGUUGGUAUUUGGGAUACAGCAGGCAGUGAAAGAUAUGAAGCUAUGACUCGCAUGUACUACAGGGGGGCACAUGCUGCCAUUAUCUGCUAUGAACCUUCAUCGCAAGCAUCCUGGACGAGGCUGCGUCACUGGCUGCAGGAACUGAGAACAGUUGAAGAGGACUGUAAAGUAUAUCUAUGUGGUACGAAGAAGGAUCUCAUUGAUGGUGGAUUAGUUCAGCGUGAAGUACCGGAAGAUAUCAUCGCGACAUACUCCCAGGGCUUAAGUGGACACUAUCUGACAUCAAGCAAGACCGGGGAGAAUGUUGAUGAACUAUUCCAGAAGAUAGUAGACGAUUGCGCAGCGGAUUUAAGAGUAAUGAAGGAUGUCGAAGAAGCAAGGCUUCACUUACAAAAGGAAGAAAAUGCUAAAAAUAAGAAUUACUGUUAUUGCUGAUAAAUAUAUAAAUGUAUUUACUAAUAGUGCCGGAGAGUGUAAGACUGUCUGGUACAACCCACUACUUAAAUAUACUAACUAACUAAUAGUUGGAAUGGUGAGUGAGCCAGUGUAACAUUGUACAUUUCAAUGGUAAUAACGCCAUGACUGACUGAUAUUACAUUUAUCAUUAUAAUGUUUUUAUUUAAUUCAGAUGUAGAUUUUUAUGAUUUAUUAUAAUUAAUUAUUUUAAUGGAACCAAAAACUAUUUUUAUUAACUGUUUGCUAUCUCAAAUCUCAGAUCUCAGUUUUUACAACACAAAUUAAACAAGUGACAAUUUGCCCUUAACGAAAUGGAUGGAUAGCAAAAAAAAUCCAAGUGUACAGUUGGGAUAAUAUUAUACUUUGAUUCUUAUAGAAUUUUUUAUGUAUACUAAUAUUAUAUAUGCGAAUGAAACUCUGUCUGUCUGUUGCACUUUCACGGCCAAACCAGUGAACCUAUUUUGAUGAAAUUUGUUACGGAGCAAACUUAAACUCCAAAUAAGGACAUAUGUUAAUUUUUUUAAUGCCUCACACCUGACGACCGAUCCCUUAAACGUGAGCGAAGCCGCAAGCGAUAACUAGUUUACUAUACACAAGCGUUUGUGACAUUUUAUUUCAAAACUAAUCUUAAUGACAAGUUAACGGUGAGGAUUGAUUUGUACUUCUUGCAAAUUUUGCG